CCAUCUCUCUUCCCGUGACAAAUGACAUGAAUAAAGGCGACGCUAAGGUGAUGAAGUGCAUUGUAGAGGUCAUCUCUGACACUUUAUCGAAGCCAAACCCCCUGCCGAUCAGCGAGGAAUGCCUAGAAACACUCAGGGGAGAUGAACGAAUCAUUUCCAUCCUCCGCCACCAAAAUCUAUUGAAGGAACUUCAGGAAAUUGCUGCUCAAGGUGCCAACGAGAGAACUCAGCAGCAGAAGAAAAACAGUGGCUUUGAAGAUGAACUUUCUGAAGUCCUUGAAAGUCAGAAUGACAAGAACAAACAGAGAGAUGCGGCAGGGGUGCGCCCUGAAGAGGAGCAGCCCACGGGGUCUCUGGCUGAGCUCUCAGCACAAAAAAAACAGCAAAAUGAAGAUUCAAGAGAGGAAGGAAAAAACAGUCUGGAGGAGAGGGAGCCCAGGCCACGAGAUGCUGACCCUGAUGACAAGGAGGAUCAGGAGGAAGCAGAGAGCAACGAGAUCAGGGACACAGAGGAUGCUCAGCGAGAUGAAGCUUUAGACAACCACAUCAGCAAAGACUUCAAAGAGGAUGAGCAGCACCGGCGAGGGCAUGAAGAGGAGCAGCCCAGAGGCUCCAGGGACAGCCUGGAGCUUGAGGAUGAGGGAGAGCAGCCAUACAGGCAGGGCCACGAGCUGAGCAAGGAGGCGACAGGGGAGCGUGUGGAGCGUGAGGAUGAUGGAGGAGACGAUGCUGCAGAGGAGGACCCUACUGAAGCAGAGAGGUCACUUGAUUUGGCUGAGGAGGAUGAGGAGGCUGAGGAGAUGCAGGGAGAUGACAAUAACGAUGAUGCUCUGGGAUUCGGCAAAGAUGGACGGAGCUCGGAGGAGGAAGAGGAGGAGGAAGAAGAGCAGCGCCAGAUGCUGAGAGGAGGAAGGCAUCGCCUUGAAGAUGAGGGUAUGCAAGGGGAGGAGGACACCUUCCAGUUACGGGGUGCCAAAAGUGAGGAGAUAGAGGAGGAGUCCUCCAGGGAGUGGGAAGACUCCAAAAGGUGGAACAAAAUGGAUGAGCUGGCCAAGCAGCUGACAUCAAAGAAGCGCAUGGAGGAAAACGAUAGUGGGGAAGACCCAGACAGGUCCAUGAAAAUGGCAUUUAGGUCUCGCAAGUAUGAUUUCAGCAGCCCAGAGGAAGAUGUGAGAAGGUCACGGAAGCGCCACUCGAAGGAGGACAGCAGUGAAGGAGGCUUCCCGCUUGCUCCCAUGCCUGAAGAGAAGAAGGAUGAGGAAGGCAGUGCUAACAGGAGAACGGAG